CCAGGCUCUCUCCGCCAUCUUCAAACCCCUCUGCACAUUUCAACUCUCCUCCAAUGGCUGUAGUUGCUUCAGCUCCAGGCAAGGUUCUGCUGACCGGAGGCUACCUAAUCCUUGACAGACCCAAUGCCGGCCUCGUCCUCAGCACCAACGCUCGCUUCUUCGCCAUUGUCAAACCUCUCUACGACCCUGCCAAGCCUGACAGCUGGGCUUGGGGAUGGACUGAUGUGAAAUUGACCUCUCCUCAGCUCUCUAGAGAAAGCUUGUACAAAUUGUCACUGAAACAUUUAACUCUACAAAACGUUUCUUCCGGUGACUCGAGGAACCCUUUUGUUGAGCACGCAGUGCAAUACUGUGUGGCUGCUGCUCGAGCAACACUUGACCAGGAGAAGAAGGAUUCAUUGGAGAAACUGCUGUUGCAAGGUCUUGACAUCACGAUCUUGGGAAGCAAUGACUUCUAUUCAUAUCGGAAUUACAUUGAAGCUCGUGGUCUUCCUUUGACUCCAGACGCAUUGGCUGCACUUCCUGCCUUUGCAUCUAUUACCUUUAAUGCCGAGGAAUCAAAUGGAGAAAAUUGUAAACCUGAAGUUGCAAAAACUGGACUUGGAUCUUCUGCCGCAAUGACAACUGCUGUGGUUGCUGCUUUGCUUCAUUACCUAGGAGUUGUUAAUCUUGCUUCCGUGCUUCAUCAAGAAAAGGACAAUGCAGACCUUGAUACAGUGCAUGUGAUAGCUCAAACUGCUCACUGUCUUGCACAAGGAAAAGUGGGCAGUGGUUUUGAUGUUAGCUCUGCAGUUUAUGGAAGUCACCGUUAUGUCCGCUUUUCACCAGAAGUGAUUUCUUCUGCACAGGUUGCAGUGAUGGGAACUCCAUUACCUGAAGUUGUUUUUGAAAUCCUGAAAGGAAAGUGGGACCAUGAGAGGACUAAGUUCUGUUUGCCACCAUUGAUGACUCUUUUACUUGGAGAACCCGGGGCUGGAGGAUCUUCAACUCCAUCAAUGGUAGGUUCCGUGAAAAAGUGGCAGAAGUCUGACCCUGAGAAAUCUUUGGACACGUUGAGAAAGUUGUCAGAGGCAAACUCAGCCCUUGAAACACAACUCAAUACUUUAAGCGAAUUGGCGGAAAAACACUGGGAUGAAUAUAAAUGCUUGAUAGACAGCUGCAGCAUUCAGAAAACAGACAAGUGGAUAGAGCAAGUCAGUAAUCCAAACCAACAAGCAAUAGUUAAAGCUUUAUUAGGAGCAAGAGAGGCUAUGCUUGGAAUCAGGCUUCAUAUACGUCAGAUGGGUGAGGCUGCAGGUGUUCCGAUAGAGCCAGAAUCACAAACUAAGCUUUUGGAUGCUACUAUGAGUAUGGAAGGAGUUUUGCUGGCUGGAGUUCCUGGAGCAGGUGGGUUUGAUGCCGUAUUUGCUGUAACCUUAGGGGAUUCUGGAAGCCAGGUGACGAAAUCUUGGAGCUCAUUCAAUGUUUUGGCCUUGUUAGUUAGAGAAGAUCCUCUUGGUGUUUCUUUAGAGACUGCUGAUCCAAGAACAAAGGAAAUCACCUCAUCCAUUUCCACGGUUCAUAUUAAUUAAGUAUCCUUGACUUCAUUUAUGUGAUAAACUAGACCAGUUUAUCAUGUCGAUGAAAAAAAUGUGAUUUGAAAGUACUUGUGUUAGAGUGAAUACCCAAAAUCAAUCAGUCAUGGUUAAGGAAAAAUGUCAUAUCACCAGAGUUUGUAACUUGCUCAAGCACAACAGUCGCUCACUAUUAAUAAAAAAAAUACAUAUUUUAUUUAUUGUCUGUCUUAUUAUAUCAUGUUGGAAGUUUACAUAGACUUUACAAUACAAAUUCAAUCUGCAGAAUAUCUAAGAAACCUGAUCUUAAAAGUUUGUACUAGGUUUGUGAAUCCAAUAAAGUUCUCAUCUGUAUUCUCUAAUAUGUCAAAAGGUGCUUACUCUAUCAUGUUACC